AUGUCAUCUGAUUUAGAUAAAAAAUUGUGUUAAAAACAUAAAUUAGAAAUUUUAACAAUAGAUUUAAAGUAAUCAACUGCUGAUGAAGAUAAAUACCUUUGUAUUAAGUGUUUAAUGGAAAAAAUUGAUAUUUAAAAUAUGGCAUUGGUAGAAGAGACAAAAACAAUGAUUAAGUAAAUGAAAAGUGAGUAAUUGACCUUUAAAAUCAAAGAGUAUUAAAGAAGGAUUGAAAUAUUUAAAUAAAUUCAAUCAUAAGUUAAAGAAUUGAAAUUGUCAAUUAAUAAUACAAUUGACAAAGUUUAAUCCAAUUUAGAUUAAAAAAUAACUCUAAUGGAAAAUGAACUAGAUGAAUCAGAAUCAAAAACAUUUGUUUCUACAUUUGAAGAAGAUAUUCGAAUUUUAUCAAAAAAUUACAAAGGAUCAUUCAGUUUUGAAGUUCCUAAAGAAUUUGAGAAGUCUAUAAAUGAUAAUUCUUAUAUAGAUUAAAUAUAGUAAUAGCUAUAAUCUAUAAUUAAUUGUCCUAAAUUAAUUUAAAUCAAAGAAUCUUUAGAAAAGACUAAAGCGGAAAAUGGAAAUUCAGAAGUUAAGUAAAUAUAAUUACUUAAUAAAUAGGAAGAAGAUCCAUAAGUAAUUAUUAUCUAAAUAUUUAAAUAGAAAACACCAAGUUUAAAGAUUUAAUGCAAUAAACAUGGAAAAGAAAUUAUCAUGUUUAAUUUGAAUCCUGAAAAAACAUAGUUUUCUAGAUUAGCUUGUGUUGAAUGUAUAUAAUCAAAUGAUCCAAUUAAAUACACAACCUUAGAAGAUGCUAAUUUUAAAUGGAAUGAAUAUCUAGGAUAAACAAGCGAUUAGGUUAAACGAUUUUAAAAUUCAAGAUAUUUACAAUCAUCAUAAAUCAUUGAAAUCCUCCAAGACAUUAAGGAAAAGUACAAUUCUACGAUUUCAGAAAUAAUCAAUAAGAUAAACACUUAAUAUUCAAUGUUCUCAUAAAAUGAAACUAAUGAGUUUAAUGAUAAUAUGAUUUUUUUAAUGAAUACAGAGUAAAUUAAUGAACUAACUGAAAUAUUAAGUUAGAAUGAUAAAUUUAAAGCUUUGGCUGAAAAACAAUUUAAUAUUUAGAAAGAGGAUCUUAAUUAACUUGUAUUAAUAUCAACUAAUUUUGGAUAAUUGCUUUAAAAUGAUUUAUUAGCAACUCAAAAAAUAAAUAAGAUUUUUAAAGAUUCAAGUCUUAAUAUAUCUAAUGUAAAAGAUUAGACAGAUGAUAUUGUAUAAGAUGAUAAUAAUUCCAUUUAAAAUCUAUAAUAGAUUAAAUAACUUAAUUAACAAUUACAACACUUUAAAUUAUAUUCGAAUAUCUUGAAUGAAGCCUUAAAUUAGUAUGAGUUAAUUAUGCAAACAAUAAGUAGUUUAUCCAAUGAAUUCAAAGAUGUAUAAUAGUAACAAGUACAACUAUAUUUAUAUUACUAAGUUUAAUCAUUAUGUUUCAAAGAUUGAAAAGGAUUUAUCUCUUAUGUAAAAAUUCACUUAAUUUGAUCAAGUUGCAACUGAACUUAAAUUACUUAAGUAAGAGAAAGAAUAAUUAUAAAAUCAACUUAUAGAAAGUGAAAAGUUAAAUUUAGAGAAUCAAUAAGUGAUAAAUGACUUUAAGAAACAUGAUGCUGAAUAAAUAAAAUAAAUAUCUGAUUUAAGGAAUCAAAAUCAAGGUUUAUUAGUUUAAAUAAAAGAACUUGGAUAAUAAAGUAAAUAAUAAAUCCUAUUUAAUUUAUUAAAGAAACUUAAUGUGAACUUAUACUUAACGAGAAACAAGCAGAAUUGCAAAUUUGCUAACAGUCUAAUCAGAAGAAUGAGCAAAUGAUGAAGUAAUUAUAACAAACUUUAGUAUAAUUAAAAGAUAUAUUAGAAGCAGGAGUGGUAAUUCUCUUAAUUACUUANAUAAUAAUUCCAUUUAAAAUCUAUAAUCGAUUAAAUAACUUAAUUAACAAUUACAACACUCUAAAUUAUAUUCGAAUAUCUUGAAUGAAGCCUUAAAUUAGUAUGAGUUAAUUAUGCAAACAAUAAGUAGUUUAUCCAAUGAAUUCAAAGAUGUAUAAUAGUAACAAGUACAACUAUAUUUAUAUUACUAAGUUUAAUCAUUAUGUUUCAAAGAUUGAAAAGGAUUUAUCUCUUAUGUAAAAAUUCACUUAAUUUGAUCAAGUUGCAACUGAACUUAAAUUACUUAAGUAAGAGAAAGAAUAAUUAUAAAAUCAACUUAUAGAAAGUGAAAAGUUAAAUUUAGAGAAUCAAUAAGUGAUAAAUGACUUUAAGAAACAUGAUGCUGAAUAAAUAAAAUAAAUAUCUGAUUUAAGGAAUCAAAAUCAAGGUUUAUUAGUUUAAAUAAAAGAACUUGGAUAAUAAAGUAAAUAAUAAAUCCUAUUUAAUUUAUUAAAGAAACUUAAUGUGAACUUAUACUUAACGAGAAACAAGCAGAAUUGCAAAUUUGCUAACAGUCUAAUCAGAAGAAUGAGCAAAUGAUGAAGUAAUUAUAACAAACUUUAGUAUAAUUAAAAGAUAUAUUAGAAGCAGGAGUGGUAAUUCUCUUAAUUACUUACAUUCUCAACAACUUAUAAACAUAGUUCUUGUUCAGUAACUUAAAAUGGAAAAGUUAUUGAGAAUAGCUCUGGUGGUUGGAAUUGCUGUAUGUGUGAUUAAAUGAUUCCUAAGAAUGGUGUGAUCUAAUUUGCUAUUAAAAUAAUUGAAAUCAGUUGUAUUAUGAUAGGAAUUGGUUUUAGGGAUAUUGUGUAGAGUAAGGGUUACUAUGAUUGUCAUUCUAUUGGAGGAGGGUAUGUUUAUUAUAUUAAUAGUUGAUAAAUAGAACAUAUAAUAUAUACAAUAAUGGUUAUUGUUAUAAUCAUGAUUAAUAAGAUAAAGAUAAUAAAAAAAUAGCAUUUGAAUUUUCAACAAAUGAUAUUAUAAUUGUUGAAGUAGAUAUUCAAAAGAAGUAUAUUAAAUGGACAAAGUAAUUAACAAAUGAAUCAUUUGUAUCAAUAUUAAAUUAUUAUUAUUAGACUUUGACUAUUGAUACAUCCAAAGAUUUAUAUCCAUGUGUACAUUUACAUAACAGAUGUAAAAUAGAAAUAUUAAAUUAACUAUUCAAAUGA